GAUCUGUUUUCCGUGGAAUUUUUAUGGAUUGUGAUCGAAAUCCCGACGAAAUGGCACCAAAAACUCCCGAAAAAGAAGCAAAACCCAAAGCUGAUGCCAAUGGAGCCAUCCUCGAUGCAGUUAAUGAAGAUUUAGACGAAAUUGAUUUGGUCAGCAGCAGCCUUGAUUCCCUCAAUUCUGCUCUGGAUAACAUUGAGCAGCGAGCUGAUAGUAUGCGGUCACAACUGCUGGAGCUCCUCAUGUCAAAUCGGGAAAUCCUCAAGGAGCUUCGGGAAGAAUAUAAACCAGACACGAAGGGCAGUAGUCCGGAUGAUGGACCCACAAGUAGUGGUAGCGCCUAGGACAGACGGUCCCCCACCGUAACAGUAUUUUCUUAUUGACCUUU